AUGGCAAUUCCGGGAAAUGGGUGCAUAUUCCUUGAAGAAGGUUCUUUAGUAGUGCUUAAUACUCUUUUCAAGGCGCCACAUCAAAAGUUUAUCAUGGGAGAUGGUGCCACGAUCCAAAUUACCAGUUUGUUUCCUCAAACGUAUCAGGUGAGAAAAUUCCAGCAAGGUAAUAAAAUAAGUCUUGGUGGCAAGCUUAGCAAUGAUGGAGUGUCUUAUGAUUCCCAAACUGGUCGCUUGACAUUGAAAACACUGAUUUUUACCUAUUAUUUUAUAAUUGGCAGAGGCUACAAUCCAAGUUUAUUUUUGAUUCUCCCUGAUGGCCAGUCUUUAACCUACCAAGAUGUUGCUCCUAUUGAUCCAUAUCAAGAAGAAGAAUUUACAGCAGAAGUGAUAGUGAGCACAGACUCUCAAAGUCAAUGGUAUACUUCAACAUAUACUUUUCUGGAUGAAGAACUUACCACUACAGAGUAUCUUGAAACUACUGAUGAAGAGUUGAAUAGUUUGGAGAUAAGCACGUAUGUUGAUCUGGAAUUUCUUUCUUUGGAGAGUUUAACAAGUAAUAGUAUUGAAGAUGAAAUCAAGGAAUCGAGUGGAUUGACUGAAGGAGAUUACUCCUCCACUAUGGAUAAUAUGAGUGAACUGAUUCCCAAGGUUAAUACACCCUCUGAACUUGUAUCUAUGACAGAUGAGGGAGACUUACAAUCAUCUGAUGAGAUUAUAUCUGCACAACCAACAGACAGCGAACUCCCUUUAACUUCAGAAAUAUUAGAUUUCUUGUCAUCAUCUGAUUUUGAAUCGUUCAUUAUAAUUGAGAGUAUAGAAUCUUAUGGUAGUGACAGACUAAUUUCAGGAGAUUCCAAUGAUACAACAGGUGGUUCUGAACCGUCCACUGAUGAUGUGGAAAUGUUCGAAUCUUUGUCGGACAAUAGUGACUCUAGUGAAGAGUCGGAAGAACCAAUUCAGGAUUCUACCAGUGUGCAGGUACUGCAUGAGGAAUCAACAAACACUGAAGAUUAUAUUGAACAAUCAACAGAAUCCAACAGUAAUAGUAUUACUUUCGAUCAGAUUGUUUUGGAUACUACUGGUUUUUCUGAAUCAAGCUUUAGUUUAUUAGACGAAUCAACAGCAACAGAAUCACCUUCAGUUGAAGAUAGUUUUGUUUAUACCAACACAAAAGAAAGUCAAGGUUCUCAUAGUUUUGAAAUAACUGAAGAGAGUAUAAAUAGUGAAUACAUUCACAUAAUAGAUUCUCAAUCUUUGGAAUCAUUGGAUACUACUAGUAUGGAAGAAAUAAUCAUUGAAGAUACUAAUUUGAUUGGGUCGACUAGUCAGUCCGAUGAUCCAUUUGCAGAGACGUCAAUUUCUGAGGUGGUUAUAUAUUCAAGUGACAGAAGCUAUGAAGAGAUUCAACUAUCAUCUGACGAGACUAUCGUUAUUGAAUUGACUGAAUCUGAAUCUGAGGAAAAUAUACACGAUUCAAUAUCUUAUGAAAGCAUAGCAUUGGAGACAAGUAUUGACACUAGCAACCAUGAAUAUUUUGAAACCACCAAACAAAGUCUGGAAACUAUUGAUCAUUCACCUGAGACAACUAAUUCGGAAACUUUUACUUUAGUUGAAAAUACGAAACUUUUUGAAUCAACAGAUAUGGUCUCCCUGGAUGAGUUCACUACUCAAAAUGAGAGUAUAAGCCAAUUGUUUUCAUCAGAAACCCAUGAGAUAACAGCUACAAGUGAUGAUGUCAGCGAAGAUGUCUUGACAGAACAAACUAUAACACCAGCUUUACCAAGUACUUCAAGUAAUCAAGAAUAUCAAACAGAGAAUAUGGAAACACCCCAGGAAGGUAUGCUGUAUUUAUCUACCAUAAACAUUGACUACCAAGAAUCUCAAUCAACAGAGAAAGAAAUAUUACCUGGUGAAUCUAUUACAAGAACAGAACAUAUAUUUUUUUCAAUAGAUUCCACAGAAGAUACUGAGUUUGGUUUAUCUUCGGGUCAGGUGGUCCCAAUUGAAUUAACAUUGAGUGUUGAAACAAAAGGAAUUUUAGAAUAUACCACUGGGAAAUAUUCUACUGAAGAAACAGAACAAGAAUACUACAAACUGGAGGAAAUUCUUUCAAUUGAUGAAAUAUCCACUGAAGAUUUUAAAUCAACUGACGAUUCAGAAGGUUUAGAUUUGGAAACAAGUUCAAAUGUUGUUCCGGCAGAAUCGAUAAAUAUUGAAACAGAGAGUUUGGGGAAAUCAAUAGUUAUUUCAUCAGAGAUAUCACUAGAAUUAAUAGAAAGCGAGAUUUUGACGUUUGAAUCAACAAGUGACAUCUACAAAGAAGUCACAUCCAUAUCCGAUUCACUAGAUAUAAGAAUUUCUAGUGAUUUUAAUUUUGAAACAAUACCACAUAAUGAACCAACCAGUAUGUCUACCGAGGAAGAUUAUCAACCUAUAUCCCUGGACAUAAUUUCAGAACCAUACGCUUUUACAUCCUUGUCUGAUGCUACAAUAUUGAUAACCGAGGAGCUACCACACUCAUCCAGUAUAGGAACUGGUGAAUACAUUUCUCAUUACAGUGAGGAGAUUGAAUCUCUUGCUAUAUCUGAGGAAGUUAACACAAACGAAACGAUAGAUCGCGAACAUUUGUCAUUACCCUCUUCUGAUGAAGGUUGGGUUGAUUCAACACAAGAAUCCUAUCCUGAUAACUACACUACUGAAUCAGAAUCUUCUAACAUUGAUCCAAAAAUUCAGUCAAUAAGUAGUAAGGAUGAAUACCAAGUUGUUACCUCUGUAGUUGAUGCUGCGUCUACAGAAUUAGAUCCAGAACAAUCAGAAGAUAAGUUCCAACUCGAUUCAACAGCAGAAGGGGGUAUUGAGUUCAUAUCAGAAGAAUCCUUUGACAAAGAAUUUACAGAUGAUUCUACUAUACCAAUUGUUACACCUUUAAGUGAGAGUAUUGUUCUAUUGGAAUCAUCUAUUGUGACUGUUGCAACUGUCGAGUCUAUAAUUCCUGAAAGUUUCCCCAGCGAAUUGGAAAGUAUUGAAUAUAUACCAAAAUCAACUAUAUCUGAGGAACCAUUUCCCGAACUUUCAAGUAGUGAUACGGGUGGAUCGGACAAAUAUCUAACUAAGGAAACUCAAUCUAGACAAGCCACAGAAAGUACCGCAGAAAUUUUCAAAUCUGAAACAGAAAAACCUGUACCAAUACAUAUCAGUUCUAAUGAUAGUGGAGAAGAGGGCAUAUUAACAAACGAGGUUAUAUCCGAGGAAUCUACCUAUGAUGUGAUUGUUGAUGCUUCUAAGUGGUUAACUAUGGAUGAAAACACGACCUCGAUGGAACAAUGGUACGAACCAGGUACUGAAGAGACAUAUCCUUCACAAUCCAUUACUGAUGGAGAUAUAGGGCCCUCCACUGAACAACUCUUUCCAUGGGAAUCAAUUAGUGAACAAGAGUCUUUAUCAACUAAACAGGUUCUACCUGCAGAAUCUAGUGUAAUUGAACAGAUUGAAUUUUUAGAGACUAGCUCGGGAGAGAUGACUGGUGAAAUACCUAGUGCAGAUGUUACGAUUUCACUUUCUCCAACUGAAGAAGAAAUUCAAGUUAGAUCUACCAUAGACAUGAAUGUUGGAAGUGUGACACCAUUAACCUCAGAGACCUUACGUGGUGGACCAUCGACUGCUAUCAAUGAACAAGGUUUUGAAUUCAGUAGCAAAGUUAUUCAUCCACCAGAAUCUUCAUACAUUGGUGAAGGUGUACACUCGGAAACAGAAGAUAUAGUAUUCUUAGAGUCAAGUGUUGAUGUACAGGUAGAACCUAUAACCACGGAUGAAUUAAUAUCACGAGAGUAUUCUGGUUCAGAGGAAAGUCUGUCAUUUAGAACUGAAGAAAUUGAUUCUGGACCCAACUCAACUGAUAGAGAAAUGGUUAUCGAGCCAACCAGAGUGUCUGUUGUUUCCGAUGAAUCUACCAAUGAUGGUGAGAGUCUUGGUUCUAGAACAGAGGAAAUUGAUACUCUGGUAUCGACAGACCGUGGUGCAGAUACUAUACAUUCUCAAAGUAAGGAGGUUAUUUCGGAAUGGUCUACGGAUGUACAAGACAGUGUAGUCAAUACUGGCACAUAUGAUCAUCUCUCAUCGGCAGAACCAUUUGGGCUGUCUGAUCUUUUGGAAAGUCAAAGUGUACUAACUAUAACGCCUAACUCUCAAGGAGAAAUAUUGGAAUCUAUUGGUCCAUACACCAACCCAGAGAAACCCACCAGCACAGAAAUACAUCCUAAUGAAUAUUCAAGUGAUGAAGGUGGAUAUAAAUUUGAGUCCACAGACGUGGUGGCUGGACAAUCUACUGAACAAGGUGAACAAUUGUUGCAAUCUAGUACAUAUAUGACACUUUUACCAGAAUAUACUGAUGAACCGGGAGGAUUGCAUUCUAAUGUAAAGUCCACACAUGCAACUGCCAGCGAAAUAGAACCAGUGUCUGGAACUGAAUUUUUGGUUGGUGAAUCCACAAACUAUAGUGGACAAACGUGGUUUACACCAGUUGAAUUGACUAUAUCGAAUACGGAAAAACCAGGAAGUCGGGAUAUUUCAACCCAGGAGCCCGUGCCAGGAAAUAUUCCAUCUACUAGUGAUACUAGAUUCAAUAAGGAACUGUUGGUUUCUCCAGCAAGUGACAAGCUACUAUCCCAGGAAUCAUUUCUAACCAGUGAUUACGGAUUAGUUUCUGAUUCCACUGACAUAGUAGGCACAGCUUCGAUAUCUCUGAGAGAUAUUACUAACUCCGGAAAAGGUUCUACUGAUUAUAAGGUCUCUUUUACCAACACCGAUGUUCCAGCCACAGACAGCACAGGCAGUGUGAAUCUCCAUUCAGCGACCACUGUAAUCAAACAAGGUGAAUCUACACAUAGCGAGAAUCUCUAUUCUGACUCAUCUAAAACUAUUGUUAAACCAACAAAUGAUCUAAGUACUUCCUGCAAGUCUUGUGGUGAGAAUACCGCCUCACUAUCCACCAUCUUUCAUUCUGAUUCUGUGGAACUUAUUAUACCAACGAAAUCUCAAAGUGAUCAGUCUGAAAUAUUUUCCACUUUCUAUAGCAAGUACACUACAGAAUAUACCAAUGAAAUGGGGCAAAAAACUACAGCAGAAGUUGUGAUCAGCUCCAAUUCCAAGGGUAACUGGUUCAAGACUACACGAGAAUUAGUCUCCACGAAAGUCUAUUCAACUUCCACCAAUACAAGAGGAGAGGUUAGCAUUAAUGAAGUGAUUGUUUCCACUGACUCCAAAGGCAACAAGCACACCCACACAACUAAUAUUCCUGUGUCUAUUAUUUCUAGAUAUGAUAAUGACAGUAUAAAGGAUAGCGAAGGCGUUAAAACUAUACCACCAGACGGAAGGCCAAUGUUGUCUUUGCAGAGCAAAUCCACCACUGCAUUCACUGGUGAAGAUGAGAACAUUGAUAUCAUAGACACUGUUGAAACUAUUGAUCGCAAAAGUCGUGAUCAAUCUACAUCAUCACAGAACUCUGCGGGGUAUGUAUUGAUAGAUUAUGCUGAUUCUUCUAGGAUUCAGAAAGUAAAGACUUCUAUUUACUUACUUUGUGGGUUGGCUUGUUUUGUGCUUGUAUUUUAAUGUUUAUACAAGUUUUCUAGAUGCUGUUUACUUAUUUCAUAUAUGUUAUUUAAAUUAAUAAUGAAUGUAAUUCGUUCCAUAUAUAACAGGGGCG